AUCAUAACAUGUUUUAAAAAGUACAAUCUUUUAUUUGCUCAGUCGAUUCGCCCGACAAAACUGGUGUCAAAAAUCUUUUUAGCUUCUGAAAUCGCUUCUUCACUGAGAAACGAAUUUUCAAAAAAAAAGUACUAUAUUUCGUAUUUAAAAUACUUUGACCUCAUCUUUUAUUCAAAGUUCUAAAACCAGAUUUCAUUUAAAAAUUUAUCAAAAUAACUUAUCUUUCAGGUCCCCAAAAUAGAAGUUUUGAAGUCAAAAAAAUUCCAUGACAAAUUUUUUGAAUUUUUGUAAAAAGUGAAAUUUUGAGCAUAUAACAAAACAUCUCGAUUACUCUACCUGAUCGUGUGGCCAUGACAAUUCCGUACAAAAGUGACAUAAAAGAUUGGAAGAAAACGUUUGUAAGGGGGCUCGCUUGGUCAUGUAAAAAUUACCUAAUCCUAGAGAUAAACUGUUAUACUUUUUAGGUCUUGUCCAACAUGAUCAAAUCAAAGGAGAGCUGGUCAAACAAGGUGGUAUACCCUUACUAAUUCGAUGUAUUACGGAAACAAAGUUUGAUGUAGUUAAAGUUCAACAACGUGCUUUAGAAAUCCUCUGGGCAAUGACAUUCAACGAGCAAGCAGCUGAUGAACUAAAACAUGAUGAAAAAUUCAUGACACAAGUCAAGAUACUGUUAUCAUCGAACGAAAAGGGUGUACAAAAAGCAGCUGAAGGUAUCAUCUGGAAACUGGAAAAAGAAGCCGAAUUUAUGGUUAAACAGGAGCAAGGAGACAAGAUUUCUGAGCUCAAUUCAGCUACAUCUAUUGCUGCAACCGCAAAAGCAGAAGCACUGGGCAAUUCUCCUGCAUACAAAUAUGACAUAAUGAUCAGUUAUUCUCAUUCCGACAAAGAUUUGUGUUAUCAAAUACAAGAACGAUUGGUCAAAGAAAAAUAUGGUGUUUGGCUUGAUCGAGACAAUCUCUAUGGGUCGACAAUGGAAGCAAUGGCGGAUGCAAUUGAAAACGCAGAAUUUGUUCUGCUCUGCAUGUCGGACACGUAUAAACAAAGUGCCUACUGUCGAUCCGAAGCCCAUUAUGCAUUUGAGCGUCGUUGUCAAAUUAUUCCGCUAAUCAUGAAAGAGAAAUACAAGCCCGAUGGAUGGUUGGGUUUCAUUGUUAGUGGACGACUCUACAUUGAUUUUUCAAAGAUGACCUUCGAUAGUGCCUAUGAAAGAUUGAAAUCAGAAAUUCUGCAACAUCGAAGUAGGAGCAUAAACGGACCACCAAACAAACAAGAUCGCAUCAAAGGCCAUAAUUUUCCGCCUGAAAACAAAACAGAACAACAGCAAAAAU